UCAUCAAUUUUGUUGUUUGUUGUCUCCCUCCAAAAUUUCCUGAGGUGCUCCAGUAGGGUUAGGGUUUUUGCUCGCUCUGUUACGAUUUCAUUCUGCUGCAAAUCAAAUGGCCAGGUACAGAAGCCGGAGCUACAGCCCCCGUCGCCAUAGCAGAACUCCACCGCGUGGCCAGAAGCGGUACGAUGAUGAUCCUCGUGAUCGCUAUCACGAUGCCCGGUUCCGUAGAGACCGCCGCUCUCCUGCCCCGUCUGGCUUGCUCGUUCGCAAUCUUCCUCUCGACGCCAGGCCAGAAGAUCUCCGGGCUCCUUUUGAGCGUUUUGGUCAAGUGAAGGAUGUAUAUCUACCAAAAAAUUAUUAUACUGGGGAGCCACGAGGCUUUGGUUUUGUAAAGUUUCGAUAUGCUGAAGAUGCUGCUGAAGCAAAACAAAGAAUGAAUUAUCAAGUUAUCGGUGGACGUGAGAUAAGAAUUGUUUUUGCUGAGGAGAAUAGGAAAACUCCCCAAGAAAUGGGGAGUUCCCGCAUGAGUGGUCGAUAUGGAGGAAGCUACAGAAGAACUCCACCAAGGUCUCCAAGACGCCAAUAUCACUCUUACUCACCCUCACCUUCACCAACUGGGCAUGAUUCAAGGGUUCGAGUAAGAGAUUAUUAUCACUCUCCCAGGCAAUCUAGAUCUGUUUCAGGAGAUCGUGUAGUGAAAGAUGAUUAUCACUCUCACAGGCGUUCUAGAUCAGUUUCAAGGUCGUAUUCUCCACGUGAUGAGAGGGAAUAUAGGUCAAGCUAUAGGUCCCCAAGUCCAAGGGGGAGUGGUUGGGGUCCCCAUGAUGAGAUGGACCAUGCACCGAGGUCAAGCAGGCCAAAGGGUGAUGGUCACAGUCCUUCAAGGUCUUGAUCAUGAUCCUUCAGGUAGCCGCUGAUUUUUUUUUUGACAGUAAUCUACUACCUAUCUGGUGUACAAUCAUUGAAAUUAUAAUUUGCAUCCAUUUCUCUACAUUCCUCGUUAAUGGGUAUACAGGUUCCAAUUGUCUCCUGAUGCUGCUGGCAUGCUUGCUGCUGGAAAAUGUGAUUGAUAGUUUUAUGCAGAUGAGGGAUGUGUUCAAAAUUCUAGUAGCUUGUAUUCUAGCACCAUAAGCAGCACCAGCUGCUUGAUGGAUUUUAAAAUUUUUACUUAUAAAUAUGACUCCGGCAUCAUAUGAAUCUUGCGUUCAAUUACCUAAACUAUAGUUUAUGGUUGUCAGCGUAUGAUCAAAAUAUCAA